AUGUUGUGUACUGAAGACUACCAGUUGCUUCCAGAAACUGAAAAGAUGGUCAUUAUACCUGAAAUAUGGACUCCGCAUGACAAUUUGGAAGUGGAGGCAGUCUGUCCAAUUUGCCUGGACUUUUACUCUAGUCCUGUUUAUCUCUCCUGUGCACACAUAUUCUGCUGUGACUGCAUUGAGAAUUGGAUGGCAAGAAAGGAAGAUUUGAUAUUGACCUGUCCCAUGUGUCGAGAAGAAAACAAGAGACCAAUCAUGCAUGAAUGGGUUAUUAGAGAGCUGACCAUUCUUAUCAAGCAGCAUGGUGCCCUCCUGAAGCAACAUAUGGAGCAAAUCACUGGACUUCUGAGGUUGUGCACCGAGGCUGUGGCUCUGGAAGCUGACACUGGUGACUCCUCCUUGGAGCCAGUGAACAGGAGGAACCCUGGUCAUAACUUGGUGGAAGAUCCCAGGAGACUCAAACCACUGGCCUGUGUCCUGGACAGCUCCCACAUCUCUUCGGUCUGCCAAGAAGUUGAUGUGGGGGAAAAGAAAGACUGGACUCCAGCUGUUUGCAAGGAGCCAGUGAACAGGAGGAACCCUGGUCAUAACUUGGUGGAAGAUCCCAGGCUACUCACCCUACUGUCGUGUGUCCUGGACAGCUCCCGCAUUUCCUCAGUCAGGCAUUGGGAAAUUGAUGAGUGGGAUAGAGAAAUGUAA